AUGGCGAUUGCCGGUUUUUAUGCUCUAUUAUUUAUCCUUGGAACAUGCGGUAACUCAGCAAUAUUGGCCGUUGUUCAUCACGUUAGAGGCAGUGACUGCAGGGCUCGUCAUAAUACCACAUUAAUAUAUAUAUGUGUACUGAGUGUCGUUGAUUUUAUUAGUAUGCUUCCACUUCCGACUACAAUCAUUGACCAGAUUCUUGGAUUCUGGAUGUUUGGAACAUUUACUUGUAAACUGUUUCGUUUAUUCGAGCAUAUUGGAAAAAUUUUCAGCACUUUUAUAUUGGUUUGUCUUAGUUUUGAUAGAUAUUGCGCUGUAUGUCAUCCGUUACAGGUAAAAAAAAAAAUUUUUUUUCAUGAUUUUUUUAAAUCUUUUUUUUUUUUAAUUUUCAAAUUUUUCCUCUCUUUAUUUCUCCUCCCACUCCAAUCCUCGUUAAUGUUUAUUCUGAUGACACCGUAUUGGAUAUCGGUGUUAUAUUCCUUAUACUUAGAAAUAUUUUUGCCUCCCGAUGAGGCUGUAUUACCUUCUCCAGCUUUUAUAUAUUUCAUGUAUGGUGUUCAUGCAUUACCAUAUAUUAAUUCAGCUUCCAAUUUUAUUUUAUAUGGUUUACUGAAUCGCCAGGUAAACAGCGUUUUUUUAGUACAGAAAUACCGAAAAAACUGCUCUACUAGACAGUUGCCUUAA